UUGUUUUUUUUUUGCUCGGUUAGAACGGCCUGGCCGUAUCAAGACUUAUUUUACCACGUAGCAGGAUAGUCAUUCCAUGCUACGGGGAGACGGUCCGGAUGGGAUUUGAACCCGGUCCCUGCCGUGUGGACGGGCGCCGUUUUUCACAUGCACCCCCGGGCUGCCCCAAACCUUACCUCCGGAAACCUUACUGUACACAAAACUUUCGGUACAUUCCUUAGUUAUUCUAACUGUUCUAAACUAGACGAUAUGGACAAGAGGAGCAAACAUAUAAAAGCAAAGCACAGAUGCGAACAUUGUAAUAUACAAUAUACAUAUGUAUACAUACAUAUACAUACAUAUACAUCUUUUUUCUUCUUCUAUGUGGCACGUUAAUUUUACAGUGUUAAGAUUUUUUGACUUACCUACAUUUUUUGGUUUGUUCUCAAAACGAACGAAAAUCAUUCCUGAUGUCCAGCCCCGCUAUUACUAAGCCAUCUCUUUGGUUUGUAUGUUUCCAAAUGUUAAUGAAUGGUGAAAAAGUAACUAAAAAGACAAGAUAAUAAAUGGUAUUAAUUAAAAUAUAAUGCAUGUGUAAAAUAUUCAUUCUAUCCUGGCAAAAUACAAUUAGUAUUACAAGUUAAUAAUUUUAAACAAAUAUCAAUGUCUAAUUUUAACAUAUUUUAAACCCCAGAUUAAACGCAACAUUUUUCUUUACUGCCUAACCUUAACAUAUCAAUUGGAACAUAUAAAUAUUCUUUUAUAAAAAAAACCUAUUUGCUUGCGCCUGAUCAAAUUAUCUAGCUGCCACAUAUGCUGCUACUUACCUUGGAAUUGUGGCACUUUCAAAAAUCGGUUUAGGGCGCAGCAGUAUAAUCCAUCCUUCAUGAAAUUUCAGGUCGUUGCUCUCGUUGUUCGUUUCAUAGUUCAUGUUGUCUUGCGUUUAAUCCUCACUUCUAAUGGUGUGAAUUAAUGGAACGAAUUUCGUUUCACCAUUCGGAGCAAUAGCCACAAGCUUGCAAAAAAUACUGCAGGUGUUAAAUUCGGUUGUGUUUGCAUCGAGGUUAUUAAUGUUACCCUGACAUAUGAACGUAUUAGCAGAUGAGUACGGAUACACAAAACAUUCUUCCCUUUCCAACAGUUUUUGGCUAGUAACUUUCACAGAGGAAGAUACCCUCGCUGGCGAGCAAUAUUUGAUAACUUCGUACUCUGUGGAAAGAAACCAACUGUUUCGGAAAUUUUUCUGCAAUUUAUAAUCCUUCCUAUGUAGGGUAACAUAAUCGCUGUGGCCGGAAAUAUAACAAACAAAAUUUUUAAUUUCAUCCGGAGCAUUAAAAAGUUGCAACUCGGACAGCCGAUUUCAAACUUGCUCCAGGUUUUUUCAACCACUUCGUACAAGGUGCUUCAUAUGCUGAAGCGCAUUUUCAAACGGAUAUGCUGCUAUUGUAUAGAGUGAGCCGAAUUGCACAAGCUCCUCAUGUACAUGCAACAAGUUGUGAAUAUUGCUACUCACAUAACCCUCCCCGUAGAUUUUUGCAUAGUCGAUAACAAAUUGUUCCAUCAUUUGACCAGCCACAUUCCAAUGACAUUUAUACGAAAAGAAAGGUGAUAGCGUCACCUGUACGCUAUAAAAGCAGCGAGCGCGGGUAAGAAGGGGCAGUCGUUGUCCAGAGUUGGAAUAAAGAACAUAGUCAGCGAAAAUUAGUAUACUCUGUGUGUUCUUUUCCCUUCCUCUCACCGUCUGUUUUCUUACAUUUGGUGUCAGAAGUGGGAUAGCGAAUUUCCUAGAAACGGUUGUGUACCGAGUAGAGUUUUGUGUAAUAUCGGCGCUGUGUGCGCGUGAUAGAGCUGUGUGCGGUAUCGGCGCUGUGUGCGCUUGAUAGAGCUGUGUGCGUUUGUGUUAUCGGCGCUGUGUGCGCGUGAUUUAGCUGUGUGUAAUUAAGCGCUGAACGCGCAGAAUUUUCGUGCGCUGCGUGCGCGGAGUGAAACCGUUUGCGGUGUUAUUGCUGUGUGCUAAGCAGUCAAAAAGUGACAAUGGAAAAAUUAGUGGAAGAAUUUACGCGCACAGGAUUAGUGCGAAAGUGCGAAGACGCCGGAUUGCCCGUAACAGGAACCAAGGAGGAUUUGGCGGCACGCCUGAUCGAGGCGCAAGCCAACGGACAAUUCGACAUGAAUACCCACGACAACGAUGUUACAGGUGUGGCUGGUUAUCAAGAUGCGGAGGCUUCUAUGUCUGAAGUUGUGACGAAAUCCGAACCCAAUAGUGCUGCAAUCAUGCAACCUUACUCGUUUCGUGAUGUGGAGGAUUCGAUUGAAGCAUAUGGCGAGGAUGUAAAUCGCGACAUCAAAGCAUGGUUCCGAGAAUUCGAGGGAGUUGCUACCAUGGCAAGGUGGACUGAUGAACAAAAGUUCAUUAUGACGCUUCAAGUUAUUGGUGAGCUACGGUUGUACUCACUGCACGGUUGUAACUGCAGUAAGUGUGCAACGCGGCGCUUCGAAAAUGGAUGAACUGCACAUCAAGAAUUACGGGGACGUGAUUAUUUGUCCCUACGAUAAGACGCACGUUAUUCCGGCUGGCCGUAUCCAAAGGCAUUUGACUAAAUGCGAAAAGCAACACCAGCAUUUAAAGUAUGCCAUUUGCAUCUUUAACACCACUCAUCGUGUCCCGCAGGAGGAACUGCAAACCCACCAGCGAAACUGUCCGGACCGUGCUCUGAUUGAGGUGGAGAAGUACACGUUGGAAAACUCGCAGCCGGCGUUGUAUUCGCAUCUGGAGGCAGCAAUGGAGCGAAUGAUCUGGGAAAGAACAUCGAUGGGUGUGCGUGACGAUCCCGAGCAGCAGGAUGAAAAUUGGGAUGAUAUGGAUGCUCCGCCGUACGAUCCAGAGGAGCAUUGCAAGAAUAAGGCGGUCAUCAGAAAGGCGGAGCGGAUCAAUCGAACGGUGUUAUCGAUCUUGGGCAAAUUGGUGAUGGAGGAUCCUGCAAAAUGGUACAAAGGCGUCGGCCGCGUCCAACGUGCGAUUAACGGGCAUUAUAAUUCAUCUACGGGAAGAUCGCCGUUUGAGCUCAUGUUCGGUGUUAGGAUGAAAUAUUUGUCAGACGAUUCGUUGAAAGAUAUGCUGGAGCGGGAAUGGUAUGAAGAAUAUGAGCGCGAUAGGCAAGAAAUCAGAAAUAAUGCAAAGAAAGCGAUCGAGCAGGCACAGAUAGGGUAUAAAGAGCAGUUCGAUAAGAAAAGAAAAUCGGAGUAUGGUUAUCAGGUUGGGGAUUUAGUAGCGAUAAAAAGAACGCAGUUUAUUAGCGGGAAAAAGUUGGCUAAUGAAUUUUUAGGCCCAUACCGCAUAACAAAGGUAAACCGAAAUGGGCGGUACAAAGUAGAAAGGGCAGCCGACUUUGAAGGGCCUCGCGUUACGGCUACCAGCGAGGAUAAUAUAAAACUGUGGGCCUAUGCGGCGGUAGAAUCGGAAGAUGAGGAGGAAUAACCAGUGUUUAAAAAAAAGGAAAGAGUGAUCUUAAGAUAAAUUUCAGACUUCGAGGAUCGAAGUUCGUCAGGAAAGGCCGAAUGUGAAAAGAAAGGUGAUAGCGUCACCUGUACGCUAUAAAAGCAGCGAGCGCGGGUAAGAAGGGGCAGUCGUUGUCCAGAGUUGGAAUAAAGAACAUUGUCAGCGAAAAUUAGUAUACUCUGUGUGUUCUUUUCCCUUCCCCUCACCGUCUGUUUUCUUACAUUUAUAUGCAUUAGAAGAAAAUAAUGUAACUGCGUAGAAGUAAAACAUGAAGUGGUCAUAUUGCGCGUCGCUAAUUUUGCCUUUCAAAACGACAAAACCGGCAUAGUGCAGAAAUGAACUGUAUUCAGUUCCUUUCCAAUACUUUAAGCUGCGAAGCUUGCGAUGGAUCUCCGAAGGCAAAGCGAUGCUUUCCAAAUGAUCAGAGAUAUAUUUAAACUCUGAUUUAGUACACUUUCCAGCACCCCACAAACCGAACGUCCACGCCUGCAGCAUCCAUCGCAUCCCUCCUAAAUCAAUAGCGUGCAAACGAUCGCCAAUAAGGACCUGCUGCACCAUAUCAAAACCACGUAGGUUUAGAAGAGGCGAAGGUUCCCUAUGGUGAACGUCAUAAAUUCCUUGACGGAAUCCAGCGUCGGUCCUCGGCGUGCCCGCCACGGUAGGGAAACAGACUGCUCGAGAUGUUGGAUGACUGUAACCAACAACCGUACACUUCAAACAGCCAUGUCUGGCCCCAUACCCUUAUACACCUUGUGAAUCAAAGGAAGGCUACAAUGAAUGGCUUAUUCACCUUUUAAAAAUUUCAUAUUUACCCUUAAUUAAAGCUCGUGCUGGUGAAUCGGCCACAAAAGCACGAACGCUGAUUUUGACUAAUGUGCUGUCGCGGCCUAAUACUAUGCCUCGCUCCAUAAGCUCGUUGAGCUCUUGGAUCAAUUUCUCCAAAAACUCUUGGGCCGAACUCGGUUUGGUGACCCCAAAAAAUAUGGCAACCGUCAUGGGUUUGAUGUGAGGCAUAGUAUGGACAUUAAUCAAAAAUGUUAGGCGCGUACUUUUGUGGAACGGCAAACCGUCCACCGAAAUCGUUAGCGGUAAGGUAGUACCUACCACGAAGCGCAACUUUCUAAAAUAAAAAAUAAAAAACGGUUUAUUAAUCGCCAUACUAUAAAAAUGCAUUUCAGCUAUGAUAAUUUAAGUAUUCUUCUGUUUUCUAAUAUACAUAAACCAAUUUGUCUACACCUAAUUAGUCUAUUUAUCUAUUUGUUUAUUUAUCUAUUUCUCUAUUUACCUAUCUAUCUAUGUACCUAUAUAUGCAACGAAUAUUCGUUUUGUCAUUGGCUCAAAUUUAAAAUAGAACCAGGUCAUAAGAUUAUGAUUCUACAUUCGAAAUGUGGACUGGAAAAAUUAAUACUAAUAGCUAGGUUUGUUCUUAUACCUAUACUAAUAGCUGGUACAUCCCACAGAUUAAUAAUAAAAAAAAAUUAACUCACCUGAAUGUUGUACGAAGACACUUUUCAACACCAUUGUACCAAAAGUGUCCGCCUCCGACAGUAACGAUUUCCUUGUCGGUUUGGUUGGUACGUAGAAGCGUUCGAGCAUCCUUGGGAGGACGGAGUUCGGUUUUAAACCGGAAGAUUUUAAGUAUUAUAUUGAUGGAGGAAUGUGGUGCAUUCGUCUUCAGAGCCCAAAACCGAAGACAUUCCUCUAUGGAACUCUGUCGGCAGUUAAAUUCCUCAUCCAUCCCCACCUCAUCAAUAUAAUCUAUGUCCUCCAGGACAUCAUCUUCAUCGGGCACAAUUUCUGCAUCUUCUGCCAAUAACAACAUGCGAUCAUUUUCUGUAACAAAAGCAAACAAAAAUUAACGUUUUCCACCAGCACAACCAAAUACAAAUUUGAAUAUCAAUAGAUAUUAAGCUUUUACAGCUACAACUGUUUUGCGGUGGUGGUUUAAGCAAAUGUAAAUUACUUAAAUAAAAAUAUUACUACUUAAACAAAGGCGUUAGAAAAAUCUAUAAUAACACAUAAACACAUUACACACAAUAAAACACAUUAACAGGCAAAAAAAACAUUGCAUAAUUUGCAUUAAAUGUAACAUUAACAUUUUUGCACCGUUCUACAUUUGUAUCACAAAUAACAACAACUAUCGGUAGGGAAUAUGUACGUAAACCGGAAAUAAUAUUAAAUAGCAAACAUUUAAUAUUUAAAAUGCGAAUUAAUCACACUAUAUCUUCUACAUUUCUUUGGGUAUUUGCUCGUGCGCGAUCUUUCCUUGCUUACAAGAUCCUGCGGUCAGCGACCUAACGCACUUUUUUAUACGCACACAUUAAACUAUGAUUAUUGCCUAUCAUAUUAUAAUGGCAUCGGUUUAUCCGAUCGAGAUUGGACCACAAACACACACAUUACACGCAAUUUACACGCAUAAAUGCGAUUGCACUUAAUACCGUCCUACACGCACUGUUUUUCAACGAUUAUCGGUCAAUUUUCAGCGAUGCGUAAAACUAAUAAUAUUCCCUACACACAAUUUGCCUCAAACUAAUAAUAAUCACUAGUUUAAAGAUGAUUUUACUUACCAAUUUCGAACUGCAUCUGACUAGAUUCUCCCUGUUCUACCUCAACUUCAUCAGCAGUACGUUUUUGGAUCCGCCGAUAAAAUUGGCCUGAUCUUUUGGAUGACUGCAAAAAGGAAUCCAUGCUGCUUUUAUUUACCUAAAACACAUAAUAAAAUAUUAAUAAACUACUCCGUUACUGUUAUCAUUCCUUACCUUUUUCCUUGGUUAUAACACUGUAAACUAUUUUUCUGCACUAUUUGUGUUUUUGUAAGAUGGCGAGAGUGUGGUAGAAGGUAAACUGAUAGAACUGUUUAGAAUAUCAAUAACAAACGGCACUAUGGAGUAUCGCAAAUUAAAGAUCAAUAUUUUUGACCAUGAAAAUAAUGCCCAUUAUUCGACACAAAAUAAAGUCCAAAAAUGGAAGAAAUUAUUAAAGGCGAAGAUUAAUUUGCCCUUCUUAAUAAUUAAAAAUAAUACUUAAUCAAUAAAAAGAUAUUUUUUAUAAUUAAAUAUGCAUAAAAUCCAAAUAUUUGCAAUCAUAUGAAAAUUUGACCAACACAAUUUAACCCAUGCCAUUCGCCCGUAGUUCCACUAAUCAGCGCCAUUAUUUAAUAAUAAACAAACAUGGUGGAGCUUAUUCCUGCC